GCAGCAUCUCUCUGCGAUCACGCUCAUAUGGCGAAUGGAUCAGAGCAGCUCGCGCUCUUCUGAGCCGGCGGAGCGCCGCGGCCAAGUGCGAGCUAGUCCGACAGAACGGGCUGGGGAUGGUGCGUGGGCAUGACGCGCGAUCGGAAUCGGAAUCCGACAGCGAGCGCUUCCUGUUCCCGGCUUCCCCUGGUGGCCUGGCAAUAAAACCGGAUCAGGGCGCCGCUACCUUUUGUUAGCUUUUCUUCUUCCGUCGAUAGCCCCCAUCCAGAUCGGUCUCUGCUCUAUUUCGAUCGAGAGACUCGAUAGAGGCAACUAGCAUCUCCAUCCACUACCAGGGCUCACGCUUGCUGCGGGAUGGGCGCCGGUGACCGCCUCCUGAUCAAGAGGAAGCUGCAGCUGCAGGGGAGCGCGUCGGACGGGAUGCUGCUGAAGAAGACGAGGAGAUCGGAGGAGGGGUACGGGAUCCUCAAGGCGAAGAAGGAGGCGGUGGCGGCUGUUCGUCUCAUGCGUUUCAAGCGUAUCCCGGGUGGCCUGGAUAUCUGGAUGGAUCACUGGCUGGAGAUGAAGGCCAAGAUGGCGGCAGAGGAGGAGGAGGCGAUCAAGAAGAAGAAGAGGAAGAGAGUGGUCAGGCGCAGGGUGCCCAAGGCGCUCAUCGACCAUAUGGUGGCUUGGCCGUUCGGGAGCGGCAACUACCUCACCCCUGUUCAGCUGGCAAAGCGUUCCCCCGAAUGUCGUCAAUACUAUGCCCUCUCAACUUUUAUCGAUGCCAAGCUCCGUGCCUACGGGCAAGCCCUCAUCCGUCAGUACAAUGCCCUGGGCUAUGCGGAGGACGAGAUUGAGCUCACUGACAGCGAGGAGGAUGCCACUGUGGUGGAGAGCUAGGGAAGCAAGCAAGCAGGCAAAAAUCUGUGAUCUGUAGAGUUGGAGUGCUAUGAUGUACUACUGGUGAUUUUAUUCUCGAUCGUGUUGUUUAACCAGCAGCAACUAGUUUAUUAGCAAUUGCUUUGGAAACAUCCAAUGGAUGCGUUUCUAUGAAUUGUGUUCAGUUUUGUCA